AUGGCACAGGAGGCUCGUCUCGUACCUGCAGCGUUGCUUGCUGCCGAGCCUGACUCUGCUGCCAAACCUCUCCCUUCUAGCCUUGCUUCGGUUCCGGCUGCUGCUGCUGAUGCGGAUAAGCAAGGAUCAGCGUGCUCCCCUCUGGCCUCAGCCAUGAAAAUCCGCGUCACCAAAGAAUCGGAUUUCAUCAAACGCACCAGGCACCCCCCCUCCACCACCGUUGUUCUCGAGCUUCAAACCCACCUGACACUGAAGCGAGGGCUGCUGUUCGGCCCCACGUAUGCGUGCACGGUGCUGCGAUCGGGUGGUGGGGCCAAAGGGAGGGGGUAUCGGCUGUACGUGCAUCGGAUGUCGCAGCCGUUCCGAGCCUACUCGCCCGCAUGCCCGAAGGAGAUUCCUGACGUGGGCACUGACGUCAUUUGCCCUCUCAUCCACGUCUACCGCUCCUACGGCGUUCAGAUCGUCAAGGUGAGCCCACUUAUAGCGAGUACAAAGGGGAACAAGAGCUGUGAGCAGCAGGCACUAGCAGCAGCAUAUGUGCUUUUGUGGGCCUUUCCUUCCUCCUCUCUGUGUCUCUAUACAUCCGCUCUCUCACUCCCUCCUCCCCCCCGGCCAACGCAGGGCUACACGUUUGGCCGGGUGGACAUAAUUCGGACCAUGCACAGCCGCAUCGACUCAAUGAAGAUGACAGGCGUGUCGGAUUUCAAGAGGGGCAACGGAGUCAUUCGAGUGAUGCUGUCGGGGUAUGGACCGCUGCUGGUGCGCUCUUACAUCUACAUCACCAACAAUGAGGUCUACGGCGCAUACAUGCCAGUGCUGCUACACGUGGGCACGGUGGGAGCGGUGGUGAGGAACAACUACGUGCAUGACUUUGUGUUUGCUGGAAUCACAUGCGGCAACAUGGUGCACUCCCAGGGAGACUGCUUGCUCAGCACCAUCUCGAACAACCCUCGUUGUAGCAGCAGGGCGGAACCUCUUCCUCCUCCCUACUUUCUCCCUUCCCCAAUUCCCCCGUUCCCCCUCUGCUCUGUUGCCCCCUCCUCCCUCUCAGGGCGAAUGCAUGCUCAGCACCAUCUCGAACAACCUCGUGGUAGCAGCAGGGCGGAUCCUCUUCAACCGCAUCAUCCCCCCUCGUCCUCACUUGCCCCCUUCCCCUCGUUCCUUCUCCCCACUUCCCAGGGAGACUGCAUGCUCAGCACCAUAUCCAACAACCUCGUUGUGGCAGCAGGCCGGAACCUCACAGGGGGGUUUGAUGCCACGGGGAUAUACUUCGUAACGCACUGGAUUAACCCGGAGCACGUGGUGAUGAAGAGCACGCCAGGGUGGAACCGCAUAGAGCACGUGGUGAUGACGGGCACGGAGGGCACGCCAGGGUGGAACCGCAUUCAGCAUGUGGUGAUGAAGGGCACGGAGGGCACGCCAGGGUGGUGCGCGUGCAUCACUGCCACCAUCUGCAACUGCCUCAAGGACCCGGGCAACUACUGGGACCGCAUGCGAGCCAAGUACUAUGGGACUGCUGCGUUUCAGCAGGACCUGGGCAACUACUGGGACCGCAUGCAGGCCACAUGCUACAGCAGUGCUGCGUUUCAGCAGCGAUCCUUCGCCAUGCGUCGUUACCUCCUUCCUCUCUUCGCCCGUUUCGUCAACUUCGCCACGCGGCUUGUCGACGCGCUCUCCGGGUUCCUCUUCCUCCCGCCGCUCGCGACGCGCCUGCUGCAGUGGCUCCUCCCGUUAGAGGAACGUGCCGUGCUGCGCGCCGCGUACAAGGCCACAGGACUGCGUGACUAUGGCGAGGGGACGUUCCUGACGGGGCUGCGGCUUCUAUUGAAGGGGCUUGAAGAGGAGGCGAGGCUGAGCGCGUUUGGGAGGAUUCUUAUAUGGAACGACGUACAGCGCCUGCUGCGGUACCGCCUGCAGCUGGAGGAUACGAGGAGGCGACACCCUGAGAUAGAGGCGGAAAAGAUCGAGGCUCCGGUGUUCAUCCUAGGCCUGCCGCGCACAGGCACCACCUUCCUCUUCAACCUGCUCGCCCUCGACACCUCUCUCUUCCGCUCGCCGCUCACAUGGGAGGUGCAUCACAUGCACCCUCCCCCAGACGCCACCUGCUACGAUACUGGUAAACGCAUUGGGGAGACAGAAGCCUUUUUGGAGGGUGUCUCUGCUCUGCUUCCUUCCUUCCAGGCGUUGCACCCAGUGACAGCAACAGGGCCACAGGAGUGCAUGGGACUCAUGAUGUACGACUUCACGUCAUUCGCCUUCCCCACCAUCCACUUCAACAUCCCUUCCUACUUUCGAUGGUACCUCUCCUCAGAUCUCACCCCCACCUACCGCCUCCUGCGCUGGCAGCUGCAGUACCUGCAGUGGCGCGGCCCUAAAGCCCCCCGCUGGCUGCUCAAGUGCCCGGCUCACCUCUUCUCCCUGCCCUCGCUCAUGGCUGCUUUUCCUGAUGCUAAGCUGAUCUUCACACACAGGAAUCCGUUGACUGUGCUGGCAUCAGCACAUAGCCUUAUAAGGGGAGUAAGGAGCAUUCACUCGGACCAUGUUGACAAAUCAGAGAUCUCCCAGACAUGGGUGCCAGCUGUCGCAAGCGCAUUGGCUGAGAUGAUGCGGCUGCGUGGGAUCGACGGGGCAGGCACGGAGGUGAAGGGCGGGGAAGGAGAAGUGACGGAAGCGAAGGAGCGUACAAACGGCUCCAAGGGCUAUGUGACUGUAACGAAGGGAGAGGCGAAAGGGGAAGGAGAUGAGGUGGAGGGAAGUGUGAGCAGUAUUGUGAGCAACGGGAGCAAAAGCAACGGCUCUUCACCUAUUGGUGUAAGCAGGAGCAGCACCAGCAACGGUAGCAGCAGUGGCGACAGUGGUGACGGCAGUAAUGAGUUCUCUUCGAUUCGCAGUGCUGACGUGCUGCUGGCUUUGCAGUCAUCCCAGGCCGUUGAUGUGUGCUACAGCGAUCUCGUGGCCGAUCCAAUGGCCACGGUGCGCCGCAUCUACCGAGAUCUGCUCAAGCGCCAGCUGGACGAUGACGUGGCGGAUAAGAUGCGCGCUUACCUGGCAGCUAACUCCAAGGAGAAGCGCCCUGGGCACCACUACAAGUGGGAGGACACAAUGCUGGAUAAGCAGGCAGAGAAGCAGCGCUUUGAAUUCUACAUUCGUGCUUUUGGUCUUGAGAGCGAGCAGUAA